UGGUAACAUUGAUUUUGGUAUACACGCGAGUUCGUCUGCGGACGGUUUUGUCAAAGUUUGAAUAUUCUUCUAUGUGUAAGUGUGCGUGUAUGUAGAUUUUUGUGGAGAAAAAGCCACGGCGCAAAGCGAAUUCAACGCCACCGAAACAAAGCCCCGCGCCGCACCGCCGCUCGAGAAAUGCGUCAACAAAAAUCGGACGCCGGACUUUCGCCCGAGGGCGAGUGAAAAAUUCAGUUGUCUCUCUCGGUGCAGUCGCGGAGGCUGUAUAUGUCUAACAUAACCUCAAAAUCGCCGCCGCAGUCGUCGUCGUCAUCAUCAGCGUUGUUGGUGGUUCCUGGUGCUCCCCCGGCCGCCACUCAACCGACACCACAUCUGGGACAUCUGGGAGAUCGGGAGCAGCCGAUGAGCAACAGCAGCCAUGAAUGAAAAAAUAAAGUCGCCGCAAACGCAGCAGCAGCAGGGAGGCGCUGCUGGCGGAGCCCCCGCCCCAGCGGCCACGCCCCCAACGGCUGGAGCAGCUCCAGGCGGUGGACCGGGUAACACACCGCCCACCUCUGGCCCGCCCACGCCCAACAAUAACAGCAACAAUGGCGGUGACCCAAGCAUACAGCAGCAACAGCAGCAAAGUGUUGCCCCACACCCGUACGGCGGACCACCGCCACCUGGCUCGGCACCGGGUGGUCCACCUGGGCCGGAUCCGGCGGCGGUCAUGCACUAUCAUCACCUGCACCAGCAGCAACAACAUCCGCCACCGCCUCACAUGCAACAGCAGCACCACGGCGGACCGGCACCACCGCCGCCAGGAGGAGCACCUGAGCAUGCGCCCGGCGUCAAGGAGGAGUACGCCCACCUGCCACCGCCUCCGCACCCGCAUCCGGCGUACGGUCGCUACCACGCCGAUCCCAACAUGGACCCCUACCGCUACGGCCAGCCUUUGCCAGGUGGCAAGCCCCAGCAGCAGCCCCAUCCGCAACAGCAACAGCCGCCGCCUCCGCAACAACAACAGCAACCGGGACCGGGUGGCUCUCCGAAUCGUCCGCCCCAGCAGCAGCGCUAUAUUCCCGGUCAGCCACCACAAGGACCGACGCCCACACUAAACUCACUGCUGCAAUCCUCGAAUCCGCCGCCUCCGCCGCAGCACCGGUACGCCAAUAGCUAUGAUCCACAGCAGGCCGCCGCUUCAGCGGCUCAGCAGCAGGCAGGCGGGCCACCGCCUCCGCCAGGACACGGACCGCCGCCACCGCAGCACCAACCAUCGCCGUACGGUGCGCAACAGGGAGGAUGGGCUCCGCCACCACGACCCUACAGUCCACAGCUGGGACCGUCGCAGCAGUAUAGGACACCACCACCGACAAACACUUCCAGGGGUCAGUCACCCUAUCCGCCGGCUCACGGUCAAAAUUCUGGUUCCUAUCCUAGUUCGCCGCAGCAGCAACAACAGCAACAGCAGCAGCAGCAACAACAACAGGCGGGACAGCAGCCCGGUGGCCCUGUGCCUGGCGGACCUCCACCAGGCGCCGGGCAGCAGCAGCAGCCGCCGCAGCAAAAUACACCGCCAACAUCUCAAUAUUCGCCGUACCCGCAACGCUAUCCGACACCGCCGGGUCUGCCGGCAAGUGGACCCAACCAUCGAACUGCCUACUCGACGCACCAGUAUCCCGAACCUAAUCGGCCUUGGCCAGGCGGCUCUUCGCCCAGCCCCGGACCCGGACAUCCCUUGCCGCCCGCCUCACCGCACCACGUGCCGCCGCUGCAACAGCAACAGCAGCCGCCACCGCCACAUGUCACCGCAGGCGGACCGCCGCCCAGUAGUAGUCCGGGUCAUGCACCGAGUCCAUCGCCGCAACCAUCGCAGGCAUCGCCCUCACCGCACCAGGAGCUAAUUGGACAAAAUAGCAACGACAGCUCCAGCGGCGGGGCUCACAGUGGCAUGGGCUCUGGUCCGCCCGGCACACCCAAUCCCCAACAGGUGAUGCGACCAACACCCUCGCCAACUGGCUCCUCCGGUUCACGUUCCAUGUCCCCGGCAGUGGCCCAAAACCAUCCAAUUUCGCGUCCGGCGAGCAACCAGUCGAGCAGCGGCGUACCCAUGCAGCAACCUCCAGUUGGAGCGGUGGGUGGACCGCCGCCGAUGCCCCCGCAUCCCGGCAUGCCAGGCGGUCCACCUCAGCAGCAGCAGCAAUCUCAGCAGCAACAACAGGCCUCGAAUUCGGCUUCGUCGGCAAGCAAUUCGCCACAACAGACGCCGCCACCAGGACCGCCACCGCCCAAUCAACAGGGAAUGAACAACAUGGCAACGCCACCGCCUCAAGGAGCGGCGGGAGGAGGCUACCCAAUGCCACCGCACAUGCACGGCGGCUACAAGAUGGGCGGACCGGGCCAGAGUCCUGGUGGUCAAAGCUAUCCGCCACAGCAGCCACAGCAAUAUCCACCAGGUAACUACCCGCCACGCCCACAAUAUCCGCCUGGCGCCUACGCCCCCGGCCCACCACCGCCCCCAACAAGCCAACAAGCUGGAGCCGGUGGAGCCAACAGCAUGCCCUCGGGCGCCCAGGCUGGCGGCUAUCCCGGUCGAGCCAUGCCCAACCACAGUGGCCAGUAUCCGCCGUAUCAGUGGGUGCCGCCCUCGCCGCAGCAAACCGUGCCCGGCGGAGGUGCUCCCGGUGGUGGCGCAAUGGUCGGAAAUCAUGUCCAAGGCAAGGGGACACCACCGCCGCCGUCAGUUGUGGGUGGCCAGCCACCACCGCCUCAGGGAAGUGGAUCGCCGCGUCCUCUCACCUAUCUGAAGCAGCAUUUACAGCACAAGGGCGGCUACGGAGGAAGUCCAACGCCGCCACAGGGCCCACAAGGCUAUGGCAACGGGCCGACCGGCAUGCAUCCGGGCAUGCCGAUGGGUCCACCCCAUCACAUGGGACCGCCGCACGGACCCACCAGCAUGGGUCCGCCCACCACCACGCCACCUCAGGCACAGAUUCUCCAGGGCGGUCAGCCUCCGGGACAGGGGCAAGGUGCUGGUGUCGGAGGACCGGAUAGUGGUCCGGAGCAUAUUUCGCAGGAUAACGGCAUAAGUUCGUCGGGGCCGACGGGUGGUGCGGCGGGAAUGCAUGCGGUCACCGCAGUGGUCACUACUGGACCGGAUGGCACGCCCAUGGACGAAGUCAGUCAGCAGAGCACGCUAUCGAAUGCUUCAGCGGCAUCCGGCGAAGAUCCACAAUGCACCACACCAAAGUCGCGCAAAAAUGAUCCAUAUAGCCAAAGUCACCUAGCUCCGCCUAGCACAUCGCCGCAUCCGGUUGUCAUGCAUCCAGGCGGCGGCGGUGGUCCCGGCGAGGAAUACGACAUGAGUUCACCGCCCAAUUGGCCACGUCCGACUGGUAGCCCACAGGUGUUCAACCAUGUUCCCCAGGUGCCCCAAGAGCCCUUCCGCAGCACCAUCACCACGACCAAGAAGUCGGACUCGCUGUGCAAGCUAUACGAGAUGGAUGACAAUCCGGAUAGGCGCGGCUGGCUGGACAAGCUGCGGUCGUUCAUGGAGGAGCGGCGAACACCGAUUACCGCCUGCCCAACCAUCUCAAAACAGCCACUCGAUUUAUAUAGGUUAUAUAUUUAUGUAAAAGAACGUGGCGGAUUCGUCGAGGUAUGCAAGGUGACCAAGAGCAAGACCUGGAAGGAUAUCGCUGGACUCUUGGGCAUCGGUGCAAGCAGUAGUGCCGCGUAUACGCUGCGAAAGCACUACACCAAAAACCUUUUAACCUUCGAGUGUCACUUUGAUCGCGGCGACAUUGAUCCGUUGCCGAUCAUCCAGCAGGUGGAAGCUGGCAGCAAAAAGAAGACGGCCAAGGCAGCGUCAGUUCCAUCGCCGGGUGGUGGUCAUUUGGAUGCUGGAACCACAAACUCCACAGGCUCGUCGAAUUCACAGGACUCGUUUCCAGCACCGCCCGGCUCCGCACCUAACGCAGCGAUCGAUGGCUAUCCCGGCUAUCCGGGCGGUAGUCCGUAUCCGGGAGCUAGUGGGCCGCAGCCGGACUAUGCCACCUCGGGCCAAAUGCAGCGUCCACCCUCCCAGAAUAACCCGCAGCAGACUCCUCAUCCCGGCUCCGCUGCCGCAGUUGCAGCCGCUGUUGCCACCGGCGAUAAUAUAAGCGUGAUCAAUCCCUUUGAGGAUCCCGUUGCUGGCGGUGGCCAACAGGGUUCGGUUGCUGGUUCCGGUCCCGGUGCUGGAACUGCUGCUGCUGUGGUCGGUGGCCCACAACUAAUACCACCGCCACCACCCCACUCACCGCACACGGCAGGUCAACAACAACAACAACAGCAGCAGCAUCCCCAUCCGCCGCACCUGGCGCCGCCGCCACCACAGCAGCAGCCGGGGCCGCAGCCACCGCCAGCACCACAGCAACAUGGGCCUGGUCCGGUGGCGCCGCCGCCCUCGCCACAGCAGCAGCAUGUGCGACCAAACGCCGCCGGAGCACCUUAUCCGCCAGGUGGCUCCGGUUACCCAACGCCUGUUGUGUCUAGAACGCCAGGCUCACCCUAUCCAUCACAGCCGGGAGCUUACGGCCAGUAUGGCUCGAGCGAUCAGUACAACGCCACUGGGCCACCUGGCCAGCCAUUUGGACAGGGUCCGGGACAGUAUCCGCCGCCGCAGAACCGCAGCAUGUACCCUCCCUAUGGGCCGGAGGGGGAAGCUCCUCCCACUGGUGCCAAUCAGUAUGGUCCGUAUGGUAAUCGACCCUACAGCCAGCCACCGCCGGGAGCACCUCAGCCGCCGGCGCAGGCAGUGGCGGGUGGACCGCCGACAAGCGGAGCUCCAGGAGCGCCACCCAGCAGCGCCUAUCCAACGGGCAGGCCGGCUCAGCAGGACUAUUACCAACCACCACCAGAUCAAAGUCCACAGCCACGAAGGCAUCCCGACUUCAUCAAAGACUCGCCACAGCCGUAUCCAGGCUACAAUACUAGGCCUCAGAUUUAUGGUGCUUGGCAAGGCGGUAACCAGCAGUAUCGGCCCCAAUACCCGACCUCACCCGCACCUCCGCAGACCUGGGGAAGUGCUCCACCGCGCGGAGCAGCUCCACCGCCUGGUGCACCUCACGGCCCGCCCCUUCAGCCGCCGGCGGGCGUGGCCCAGUGGGAUCAGCAUCGCUAUCCACCUCAGCAGGGUCCGCCGCCGCCACCGCAGCAACAGCAGCAGCAACAACAACAACAGCAGCAACAGCCACCGUACCAGCAGGUGGCUGGUCCUUCUGGACAACCCCAGCCGCAGGCGCCUCCACAGUGGGCUCAGAUGAAUGCAGGGCAGGCGUCGCAGCCUGGCAUUGCUCCGCCCGGCUCUCCACUGCGCCCGCCCUCUGGUCCGGGUCAGCCGCAGCAACGGAUGCCCGGAAUGCCGCCACAGCAGCAGCAGCCACAGCAACAGCCGCCGGUCGGUGGUGCUCAGCAACCACCGCCGCCGCAGCAGGCGACCCACGGUGGCGUUCCAUCGCCAGGCAUGCCCCAAGUGGGUCCCGGUGGAAUGGUAAAGCAACCGUACGCCAUGCCACCACCGCCAUCCCAGGUGGUGGCGGGUCAGCAAGUGGGCCAGCAAGUACCACCCAGCGGCAUGAUGGUGCCUCAGAAGCAGCCGCCGAUGCUGCCGGGCCAGGGAAUGCAGCAGCAACCGUUGCAACAGCACCCGCAGCAGCCGCCACCGCAUCAACACCAUCAGCAUCCUCAUCAACAUCCGCAUCAGCAUCCACAUCAGCACCCGCAGCAUCCGCACCAGAUGCCGCCCAAUCAACAGGCCCCCGGCGGUGGCUACGGACCACAGGGACCGCCCGGCAGCGGAGCCGCCCAGCUGGUAAAGAAGGAACUGAUCUUUCCCCACGACAGCGUCGAGUCCACCACGCCUGUGCUGUACCGAAGGAAGCGGCUGACGAAGGCGGACGUGUGCCCGGUGGAUCCAUGGCGGAUAUUCAUGGCCAUGCGAUCCGGCCUGCUUACCGAGUGCACCUGGGCUUUGGAUGUGCUCAAUGUCCUCCUGUUUGACGACUCGACGGUGCAGUUCUUUGGCAUCUCGAACCUUCCCGGUCUGCUGACUCUGCUGCUGGAGCACUUCCAAAAGAAUCUCGCCGAGAUGUUUGACGAACGAGACUGCGAUGAGCUGCCAUCCGCCGAGGAGGCGGCGGCUGCGGACGAUGACGCGGACAGCGGCACCGUCAUGUGCGAUAAGCAGCGACGAACCAGCGGGCAGCGACAGUCGCGAUGUGUGCGCAGCAUCAGCAGCUACAACCGUCGGCGGCACUACGAGAAUAUGGAUCGAGGCACCAAAGGCAGCGACUCGGAGGAGGACGCCGACGAGGGCAUCGAUCUGGGCCAAGUCCGUGUGCAACCCAAUCCCGAGGAGCGCUCUCUCCUGCUCUCCUUCACGCCCAACUACACGAUGGUUACCCGAAAGGGCGUUCCAGUGCGGAUCCAAACGGCCGACCAUGACAUUUUCGUGGACGAGCGUCAAAAGGCAUGGGACAUUGACACCAAUCGCCUGUACGAACAGCUGGAGCCCGUGGGCAGCGAUGCCUGGACCUACGGAUUCACCGAACCGGACCCCCUUGACGGGAUCAUUGAUGUCUUCAAGUCGGAGAUUGUAAACAUUCCAUUUGCACGCUAUGUCCGCUCUGAAAAGAAAUCAACGGCGAAAUCAUUGGCCAAGAAGACGGAGAUCAAGCAGGAGCCGAUCGGCACGGAGGAACAGCAGCCGCAGUCGACGUUUAACAAGAAGAGGCGACUGGUCAGUGGCGACAACAGCAAUAGCAACAGCAGCUGCGGAGCUACCGCUGAGGGCAAGAAAUCCAAGCUGUCGGCCGAGGAGGAGUUCGCGCAGCCGCCCAGCGCUGAAGUUAAGAAGGAGCCAAGCAACGACAGUGAUUGUCGGGCCAUUGACAUGGAAAUCGAGUCACCGCAGCAACAGCAGCAGCAAACUCAGCGUCUGACCAACGGCGUUGCAUCCUCGUCCUCCUCUUCCUCCUCCACCUCCACCUCACCGCCGGGUGUCGGUUUUGAUCCCCGGAAGACUGUUAAGGAUGCCGCGCAGGUGCUGCAGAGGAGGCGUGACUCCAGCUACGAGGACGAGUGCUACACCCGGGACGAGGCAUCGCUGCAUCUGGUCAACGAAAGCCAGGACUCGCUGGCCCGCCGGUGCAUUGCCCUAUCCAACAUCUUCCGCAACCUGACCUUCGUGCCCGGCAACGAGACGGUGCUGGCCAAGUCAACCCGAUUCUUGGCGGUGCUGGGACGACUGCUACUCCUCAACCAUGACCACUUGCGGCGCACGCCGAAGACGAGGAACUACGAUCGGGAGGAGGACACGGACUUUAGUGACUCGUGCAGCUCGCUGCAAGGAGAGCGGGAGUGGUGGUGGGACUAUCUGAUCACCAUCCGGGAGAAUAUGCUGGUGGCCAUGGCCAACAUAGCCGGACACUUGGAGCUGUCGCGAUACGAUGAGCUCAUUGCCCGCCCCCUUAUCGAUGGCCUGCUGCACUGGGCAGUGUGUCCCAGUGCCCAUGGUCAGGAUCCGUUCCCGUCGUGCGGCCCCAACACGGCUCUCUCGCCGCAGCGCCUGGCGCUCGAGGCGCUUUGCAAGCUGUGCGUGACGGAUGCCAAUGUGGACCUGGUCAUUGCCACGCCACCAUUCUCGCGCCUCGAGAAGCUGUGCGCAGUGCUCACGCGGCAUUUGUGUCGCAACGAGGAUCAGGUGCUGCGUGAGUUUUCUGUGAAUCUGCUGCACUACCUGGCCGCCGCCGAUAGUGCCAUGGCCCGCACUGUGGCGCUCCAGUCGCCGUGCAUCUCCUAUCUGGUGGCCUUCAUCGAACAGGCCGAGCAGACGGCCUUGGGCGUGGCCAAUCAGCAUGGCAUUAACUAUCUGCGCGAGAAUCCCGACUCGAUGGGCACUAGCCUGGACAUGCUGCGGCGGGCGGCCGGCACUUUGCUUCACUUGGCUAAGCAUCCGGACAACAGGUCGCUGUUUAUGCAGCAGGAGCAGAGGCUGCUCGGUCUGGUCAUGUCGCACAUCCUCGACCAGCAGGUGGCGCUGAUCAUUUCGCGAGUGCUGUACCAAGUGUCUCGGGGCACUGGGCCCAUUCACUCGGUGGAGUUCCGGCUGCUUCAGCAGCGCCAGCAGCAGCAUCACCUGCAACAAAGGCUACAGCCUGGCGGAGCCGAGAAGCAAGCAGCCGCCGCCGCCAACGCGGCUGUGAAAACGGAACCAGAAGCUUCGGUUGCGGAAGCAAGUUCCUCUGAAACGGCGGCCACAAAGCCCCUUUCUUCGGCCCCCCCGACAUCAGCCACAACGGCCGUGGUGAACGACGAGAACAGCAACAGCAGCCAACAACUGCCCCCGGCAGCCACCUUCAACGAUGUGAGCAACAGUAGCACCAAUAGCAACAGCUGCGGCACCGUCAGCAGCAACCAGACCAACAACAGCACCACCAACAGCAGCAGCCACAGUCACAGUCACAGCCACAGUAGUGCGACCAGCAGUCAGUCGGCCGCCGCAGGAGCAGCAGCUUCCUCCGCGUUGGUCAGUGAUCAGCAGCAGCAGCAGCAGCAGGUGAGCAACAAGGUGGCUGCUGCCGCCGUUGCCGCUGCUGCUUUUAGCAAUGCCAGUGCAGCGGCGGCAGCAGCAGCUGCUGCAGCUGCAGCGGCGGCGGCUUCUUCGGUUGCCCCACCACCUCCAUCGCCGGCAAACACCGCUGCGGCAGCGGUGGCCCAGCCAGCGGCGCCGCCACCAACUAAUGCAGGAACAACGACCGCCGUUGCGUAGUAUACGACAAUGAUGCCAGCGUCCUACUACUGGCCACGAACCCCCCGAGGGGCAGUCGACUGAGCUGGAUAUGGAGCGGAAGCUGGGGAAUCCUGGGAGGCUAGAGAUAACCCCGAGUCGAUGUAAAUUUACUUAACUGGCGCCACGUAGCAAAGGGAGUCAUGAGGGAGAAGGAGAAUUUGCUAACCAGGCUUCAAGGAUGGCGAGAGCGACUGCCGGAAUGGGAGGCAAGACGUCUAUACAAUAACAACUGUAUAUUUUUUCACACUCAAAUCUAAAAAUAGUAAAUACGAGGAACUAAACUAAACCCUAAACUAAACUAAGCAUUAAGCAAUUGCAGCAACAAGCAUAACGAUAAAACAAUUAAACAGAAGGGAGGAAACUGACCGAUCGAUCGGAUCGGAACGGUGAUUAUUGAUUAUAUAUAUUAUCGAGACACGGAGCAGGCAUAACGAAGAAAACAAAAAGGAUAUGCGAAAUUCAAGCACACAGCAUACUUAUUGUAUUAAAUUUAACAACUAAUUGAUGAUGGAGAAACGGCGGAGGAAUAAGUAACUAAAACAUACAUACAUAUAUGCAUAACGCACGCUAUGGUUUAUCGUAUAUUACAAAUAUAUAUAUAUAUAUAGGAAAUAAAUGCAUAAAUUAACAUUAAUAUUACAUGAGAAUGCAAAAAUUGUGUAUGAUGAAUAGUUUUUAAACAAAAUCUACCACUUACUAAUUAAAUACCCUACAUAUUACAACAACAAUGUGCGCAGCAAACAAAACUCAAACAGCAGUAAAGCCCCCCAUACGAUUUACCUAUAUAUACCGAUUGUAAUUGCAGUUAAAUGCGCAGAUUUUACGCAGCAAGAAGAGAAGGGAGUAACAUUAACGAUGAUGAUGAGAAUGGAACGAACAUUAAUACCAUAUUGUACAUACUUAACUAUUAUGUAAAUUUUCACUGUAUUUUUUUUUCGUUUUUUAUGCAAUGUUACAAGGCACACACACACAUGUAAGUGGCAGCACUGCAUUUCGUAUUUCGAAUUUUGUAUUUCAAGUAUGUGCGUCCUGGAUGGUUUUCGAAAAAUCAGGCUCGAUUUCGAGACGAAUUUAUUGCAAAACCCCCCCACGGCACACGUACACACAAGGAAAGAAAAGAAAAUAAUUAACAAAUAAAAUCAAAUUAGGUGAUAUAAAUAUACAUAGCGCAUAUAUAUAUAUAUAUAUAUAUAUACAUAAUGCAUAUAUAUAUAUUAAAACAUGAUUGGAAAACGAAAAACUGGUACCACUAACACCCUGUAAUUGCUGUAAUUUGUUUUAUGUUAAUUGUAUUAUUUGCUGGAAGUGCUGCUACUUCACUUUAUUUUUUAUAUAUAUAUCGAACUUACUUAAGGCGUAAAUGACAAGAUAAAUAAUUAGGUUUUUAUCGUAAUCUUAAUUUAAAAUUAUAUUAAAUAAAUAAAACAAAAACCAAGAAGAAAAACGAAAUCCAAACAAACAAAAGCAACAUAAAUGCUACAAACAAAAAAAAAAGAAAAACAAAGCGAAGCAAAUCGAACUAAAAGCUGUAGAGAAGCACGCAAACCGACUAUAUUACCACAUACACUACACCUACACUCCCCCUCCGCCCCACACAACACCCCCCAAAUCGAGCAGCUUGAUGUUCGGAAUUCGAAUUCGAAACAUCGCAUCGGGUGCACUGUGCACCCCAAUUUGUAUACUAAACUUUCUCACAUGCAUAAUUAUAAAGUCGUGCUACAUACGAGAUCGAGAGAGAUCAAACUCCCGAUACUGGCUUCUAGUUCUGCCGACAGAUCCGGAGCAAAAAGAAGAUAAUAGAAAAGUGCUGCUGUUGAUACGUGUGUAUUCGUGUAGUUGUUUGCAAACAAAAAAUAUAACUCUGCAUCUCGAUAUCGGAUAUAUAUAACGUGUAGUUACUAGUGUAUAAUUUUGCUAGGAUGUAAAUGUAUGUCCCUCAAAACUUAAUUUAAUUAUUUAAUUAAUAUACAUACAUAUAUAAUAUAAAAA